AUGACUGAUAGCAACUCUACAUCAUUUGGCUCGGUUUUCGCUUCCGGCAUUCAAGACGUGGCGGCUGUGGCAGCUGUGUUGGGAACAGAUAUCUGCGAUACAAAUGCUGGACUGGCGUUGACUAGAGGGUACUUGUUUCCUGCUGCAUGUAGUAUGUCAAUGUUUGGAGUGCUUGGCCUUGCAAAGCACAUAAUCAAGUCCUUUUUGCCUCUGCGCAUUGCCAAGAAUUUGGGCAUCGAAGUCGAAAAGCUUGACACAUAUGGGAUAGACAAAGCGAUACACGGCGUAGCAAGUAAAUUGUCGUCGCAUUCAAAAACCCGUUUGAAUGCACAAAAUGUCAGGAUAUGCAUACGUGUGCCAGAUUAUAACAGGUCCAUCUGGAUGGGCGCUUUUGUUUCUUGCUUUCUUUUAUCCUGUUUCAACUUUAUACCCUACGUUCCGCACUACAGAACAUUCUACUCGAACUUUGAAGAUCCCCUAAACUCAUCUGACCCACACAUAUACUUUCCUCUUCUCUUGACAUGCUCCAGCUUUGUGGCAUCCUUCGUCUGCUGGUUUGAAGCUGCUAUCAUGCUAUCGGGAUCCCCAUCACUCUAUACAUUAGCUGCUUUAGAUAUGGAUGUGUUUGUGCCUUAUUACUUUGGCAGUUUGCUUGCCAGGCGCAUUGGUUAUGGUAUAGGGCUUCUUUCAGCUGUAGGUAUUGUCAUUGGCUAUAUUGGCUCGUACUUGGUUGUCCAAAAGAUGACGCCGCUGGAUACCUACUACUGGCUUGGGCUUCAGCUUGCACUGUGCUUCUUACGCUUGGUGAUAUGGUCAUGGAGUGCGGAAGAGGAUGACUUGAAUGUGAUAUAUCUACGGUAUAAGAUAGACAGAAGCGAUGAAGGAGUUAUCAGGCAAAUUGAAAGAUUGUUACAUACAAGAAAAGAGGCAGAGCACGCAAUCAGCAAACUCAAGACUGGUGGCUACUUCAUUCGGUCUGAAAUAGUGGAUGCAUAUUGUCAAGCAAAGUAUUUUAUACACGAUCAUUGUUUCCAUAACUUUAAUGAUCUUCGUAUCCAGCGUAGCUUUAUCUCUUCUGUCAUCAUUUGGAGACCAAGGUACUUUAUACAAUGGAACAACAGUGUGCACAAGCCGCAAAAGAUUCUUGUGAUCUAUGGAGACAUAGGUUCGUUGACCGAACUCCACACUAAAAGAGUCAGUUAUGUGACGAUCAAAGAGAUAUCUUGUCGGACCUAUUGCUUUACAGAAACCGAAUUCAAACCACUGACAGAAAAGCAAGUAGGCGAUAAAAUGAUUGGCAUACUGAAAUCAGAUAUGGACGCUAUUACUCCAUGGAUAAGUCUUUUUAUUUCAUGCGAGCAGUCUAGCUCUAACGUCGAAGGAGAUGAACAGAAGUAUGAAAAAAUAGAAUUAGAGCCUCGACCGGCUAAAUUUUCUUAAUCUUAAUUAAAUCAGUAAUAAUAAAUAUUGGAUACCUCUCUUGCAUAUACAUUCAUG